CGAAACUGAAACUCUCUCUAACUUGUUAUUUCUAUAAUAUGCAGUUUGUUUCUAGUUAGGGAAACAGUUUGAACAGUUAUUACGGAUUUCAAAAUUAUUUGCCAGAAGGGCUAUCAGAGGAGCGAUGACUCAAGGGCUUAACUCCCUGCCUCUCUUUUAAAACGUCUGAAUAAAAUCUUCCCUGACCGUGGAUGAUCACCCUGUUCGAGCAGGUUCCCUUGCGGCAGAAGCCGGCAAAGAAAACUCAAGGCGUUUUCAUGAUGAGUCGGAGGAGGAUAUCGUGCAAAGACCUGGGGCAUGCCGACUGCCAAGGCUGGCUCUAUAAGAAAAAGGAAAAAGGAACUUUCCUAGGCAACAAAUGGAAAAAGUUCUGGGUCGUCCUGAAGGCAUCGUCGCUAUACUGGUACAGCAAUCAAUUGGCAGAAAAAGCUGAUGGAUUUGUCAAACUGUCCGAUUUCACUGUGGAGAAAGCAUCUGAAUGCAAAAAAAAGCAUGCUUUUAAGGUCAGCCACCCACAGAUCAAGACCUUUUAUUUCGCAGCUGAGAAUACGCAGGAAAUGAACAUGUGGUUAAACAAGCUUGGAUUAUCUGUAAUCCAUCAAGAAUCCACUACAAAGGAUGAAGAAUGCUACAGUGAGAGUGAACAGGAUGAUGCUGAAAUAGCUGCGGAGUCAGCAACUUCUCUGUCUCUUCUGACAUCACAGAAGGCCUCUUCAUCUUUACCCUCACUCAGUGGACCGUCAUCCUCUUUCUCAUCCCUGGAAAAUACCAUAAAGACAACCAGCACCUCGUCCUGCACCUUAUCUAAAGGAAGACAGUCCUGGAUCGACACCAACAGUUCAUCUGCUGCUGAGGGUGCGGCGCCGCCCAUAGCAUUUGCUGCGCAGUACCACUCGCCUGCGCCCUCAGAGCCAAACACUCACCAGGCCCCAGAGGACAGCCGUGCCGCAUCAGAAAGCGGGUUUUUGAACUCUUUAUCUAGUGACGACACGUCUUCACUGAAUAGCAACCUAGACCGCCUUACCGUCCCAGACAAGCCUGCUGCAUCAAAGACGAUGGACAGAGCAGAAGAAACAAAAGCGCCUGAAGACGAUGAAAUGGAGAAGCUCUACAAAUCGUUGGAGCAAGCCAGCCUGUCCCCUCUCGGGGACCGACGGCCUUCCACCAGAAAGGAGUUGCGGAAGUCCUUCGUGAAGCGGUGCAAAAACCCAUCCAUAAAUGAGAAGCUCCACAAAAUCCGGACCUUGAAUAGCACAUUGAAGUGUAAAGAACAUGACCUGGCCAUGAUUAACCAGCUGCUGGACGAUCCGAAGCUGACAGCCAGAAAGUACAGGGAGUGGAAGGUCAUGAACACCAUGCUGAUUCAGGACAUCUGUCAGCAGCAGGACCCUGCAUCGGGCCCUGAAGGCACCCCCCAGGGGCUCGGGAGACCACCUUCCUCGGCCUCUGUUGAAAAUUCUAUUUGAGAACAAGCCAGAGUUCUCUCCCCUUCUUCCCCCAAGCAACUCUUCAAGAUGUUGCCAGAGCUCCAUUUUCCCUUAAACGGAAAGCCAAGACUAGUUCCUCAAGCAUCAGCUCCCUGGAAAGAUGCCGUCUGAGUGAGGACCAAUAGCAGCAAGACCCCUUCCGGGUGUGGCGUUCCCAUGGAGAUGGGAGUGAUGGAGUCCAGCUGAGCGGUCCUGUGUUCCUGCCGGGAGCUCACAGCCAUGCCAGGCUCUCGCUGGGAUUUGGGAACUCUGUCUUCUGUUCCUUGCUCUCAAGAAAAUGACAACAUUAUUGGACUAAAGAUCACAUUUUACUAGGGACAGUUAUUAUAGAAAUACUUGGUUCUCCAAAAGGAGAAGCACAUACUCUACCUGGUUGGGUAGCUGAGGCCUCCAAAUCAUUUUGUCGAGUGCAGGAAUGCUUUCUAUGGCAGCCGCUGGACCAGGGCAGAUGUUCCUGUGGAAACCCCCUGCCCGUGGUCCAGACGGUUGUACCUUUUCCACGAGUGGGGUCUGGGAGAGCCCAAGGAGGAGGUGUGUGUUUUAUAUUCAGCCCCUUCACUCAAAGGACAGCUUGGUGGUUUCACAGUUCACUCCACCGGGGGGAGGGUGGGAUCUGGUUCUACUUCCUUCCCACAGAGCAGCUAAAGAAAACGUCUCCCUACACUCGGAGGCCUCCACUGGCUCCCAGCUUUGCCGAACCACCACCGCGGGAGCCAGUGACAGGUCCAGCGGGGAAUGUUCGCUGCGUUGGCCCUUGGCCGUGGUGCCUGCGCACAGUGUAAAUUUAUACCUGGUUCCCCGGGAUAAACCUUGAUGAGAUGAUUCUAUUAACUGAAUUGUCUAAAUAUCUUUACUCCCUCCCCCCCCCAAAAAAAAAUCACCCAAGAAAAACAAGAUAUGUAAAACACGAUUGUUUUAUUUUUGUAUGUUUAUGUCACUUUGUGUCCUAUGUGAAUAGCUGUGUUGAUUAUUUAAGUAUAUUUAUAGAGGAUCUAAUUACCAGUGUGUUAAAAGAUGAUAUACUAUUCUAUCUUUUGCUGAGUAUAUAUUCUCAAAGGACAUACCCUGUGCUUGAGAAAAAGAGGACUACUAUCGAGGACUGAUUCACUGCAGUUAUUCUACACUGCAAUGCAUGCAGAAUGCUCAGGAAGUCUCACGGGACCAAUGUAGGGCACUAGGUAACAGUCUUUCACUUUCUGAUCUCUCUCUCUCUUUCUCUCCUCCUCCCUCUCCCCUUCCCUGCCGAGGGCUUACAUUUCUCUGUUUUAAGUCACUUCCAGAACCAGAAAUGGACUUUCAGCUUAAGUGACCCCUUUUAGGAAAUAAACUUGAAGUUUUAUGUCAUUUAUGUCCACACGCCCUAAACCAAACGGAACGCAUCUGCUGCAGUCUUUUGUCUAGAGACUAAUUGAGACUUAGGGAUCUGUUGUUAAAAAGAGCUAAUUUUAUUAGAGAAACAAUAUGAAAGCCUUCCCUUACCAUCGUGAAUAUUUUUCACCACAAAAAUAACCACAACCCACCAAAAGCCCACUUUGGGCCUACCCCUAGCAACUUGUCAACAGAACACAUUUUUCUGUAUAAAGAGUGUGGCUUGACAUUCAAAGGGAUGUAACCCCCUGAAUUUUAUCUGCAAGCUAAAUGGAAAUAGUCGUUGCAUAUUUUCCCCAGCCUUUCCUAAGAAGUCUUCAACCUGGCAA